UAUCCCUAAAUAAAGCGAUUUAAUAAUAAAAAAACCGUUAUAAAAAUAAUGAAUUUGUCAUUAAAUGUAUAUCCGUUAGUAUUGACUAAUCGCAUGGAUAUUAUUAAAUGAACGACAGGGAAUUAUUAAGUAGGCUCAACAAUUACAUAUAAUUGGUGGAUAUUUUAAACCAAUCAGAAUAAGGAAAUUUGCAUAAGGAGACUUAAAUAACGACAUGUAAUGCUGUGGAGCUCAUUUCGUAUUUACUUUUGAAUGUGGAUGACAAGGGAGUUGUUAUAAAAGUGUUGAUUAUCAGAGAUUGGGUUAAGAAAAAAGAACAUGGAUUUAAAUGUAAUGUUUAUUUUAUUGGCAACACUGAUAGUUUCUGCGAGUUCAAUUCCAUCGAAGCUGACGGGUGGAAGACCUUGUAAACGUCAAACUGAUUGCCAACCACUAUAUUAUUGCAAUGCGGACAGCAACAGAUGUGAAAUAGUGACAAAGACGAAGCAUAUCUUAUUGAAAUCAGGUGGUGGAAAAACUAGAUGCAAGAGAGAUAGUGAUUGUAAAAGUGAUCGUGUUUGUGAACAGCAUGAAUGCGUCUACAAGAAACCAUUGGUCUUAUGCAACUCUGAUGCUGAUUGUAAUGCGUUUCUGUUCUGUAAGGAAGGUGCUUGCAAAGAUGCUUCACAUCCUGGAUUAUCUUCCACAGGGACUCAGCGCCAAAAAUGUACUUCCAAAGCACAAUGCAAUCCAACUUCCCUCUGCAAGAAUGGGGAAUGUACACCAAAAACAUUUUUUGAACUAUUCAAUUUAAACAAUGAAGUUACUAGACAUGCACCCAAACAAGGCUGCCAUCAACACAAAGACUGUCAAACUAAUUACAUGUGUCAUGACGGUAAAUGUAAAAAAGGGUCUAUUCAACUACUAUUGAUGUCGUCACUUAAACCAGAAAGUUGUCAAGUUAACAGCGAUUGUGCAGUUGGAAAAAUCUGUAAACAUGGCAGUUGUCGAAUAAAAAAAAAUCACAACAAAAAGAGAAUACUAAGACAUAAGUGUAUAAAAGCCACGAUUGGAAAAACUUGUCAAAGUAGUCUUGACUGUAAUAAACAUUGUGAAAUAAAGAAUAAAAAAAAACUAAAAUGCGUCGAAGGUGUGUGUCAAAAGACGAGAACGUUUUUGACGUCUGUUGUACAAAUGAAAGACAUCAAGAAAAGUGAAUAAACUUCCCAACGUAUUUCUUUGGAUUAGCGUUGGAUUAAGAUGCUUAUAUAGAUACAAAUAACUGACGAUAUGUUACAUAGGAAAUAUUUAUUAAAAGAAAGCUGUAAAUUCUAUUUAUUAUUAUUAUUUAAGAAUGUAUUUAAUUUAUCGCCAGAUAUGAUAAAGACUAUGCCCUUUUUUGUCGUAAGAUUUUCCCAACGAAAUAUGGUGAAUAGUUUGUAUAUUUUCUGACGAACUAAAAAUUUCAUUUUGAAUUUAUUCCUCUUUUAAACGAGUAUUUUAACUCGACCGUGACAUUAUAAAAGGAUAUAUCUUACAAACACUGUAUGUGAAUUGUAUAUAUUAGCAUUUAUGCAGAAUAUAUUUUUAGACCCUUCGCUACUUUUAAAGAGACUGUUGUAUAUCUAUUG